UCUGAGGAGGUCACAGCUCCGUCAACACUGCACUACGACUUUGAUUUAUCGGCUUCUCUCCCUCUGAAAUUCAACUUUUCAACGCUUUUUUUCGGGAAUUAGCGACAAACACUGAUGUGAAAGAGAAAUGAAGCUCACACAGGAGAAGUUUCGCGGGGCUACGAGGCGAAAACACGGCUGAGAAACUCACAGCGGUUAUAAGAGCUACAGGGCAAGGAGCAUGACUGAGCAGCAGGAGCAGAGCGAAGAAACAGGCCUGAUCUCAACACAGGACCUGGAACCCGCCAAAGAGGACGACACACAUGGCCAAUUCAGGUUUCACUUGAUUGAAGAUCUGUCCUACGAAGACGUGAAGAAAUGUUACCGUGGCACGACUGUCAGCAAGUACAACUCGCAGUACCACAAACUGUUCCAGUGCGUGCCCAAGGAUGAGAUUCUCAUGAAAGUGUACUCCUGUGCUCUCCUCAGAGAUAUCCUUCUGCAAGGCCGGCUCUACAUUUCCAGAAACUGGCUGUGUUUCUAUGCCAACCUUUUUGGAAAAGACAUCAAGGUGGCUAUCCCUGUUGUGUCUGUGAGGCUGGUGAAGAAGCACAAAACAGCGGGCCUCGUGCCCAAUGGCUUGGCUAUCACCACAGACACUGGCCAGAAGUAUGUUUUUGUAUCUCUGCUAUCAAGAGAUAGUGUGUAUGACGUCCUCCGCAGGAUCUGUACACACCUGCAGGUCAAUGGGAAGAGUCUGAGCUUGAAGCAGUUUAUGGAAGAGCCGACUUUAUCGCUGGACGAGUUUCCCGCUUCUGAUGAUUUCCAAGCAGUCGAUGAAUUCCCGUCAGUGUUGAAAUGGAGAAGAAAACCCUCGGUGGUAUCCGUAUCCUCCUCCCUUCCUGAUCUCCUGGGGAACUCGACCAGCAGCCUGAACCCCACAGACGCUCCCUUCAAACCAGAGCAGCUGCUGGAAGAGCGGUCUCUGCAGACAGACAGAGGUCUUUUAUCAGAGCCGGUGACAGAGCUGGGCCAGAUGGAGUACCAGCUGCUCAAGUUCUUCACCCUGCUUAUUAUUCUCCUCAUCCUGUCAUCGUGCUACCUGGCUUUUCGUGUGUGCAGCCUGGAGCAGCAGCUGUCUUUCCUCAGUAACCCAACUCUGCCCCUGAGAGACAGGUAGCCACUGCUCUCCGCUGUGAUCGCCUGCUGUUUCCUCUCCCCCUGCUUUGAGUUGAUGACUUCCUGCUACAGAUCCAGGACCAGCUUUACAGCCCAGAGAACACUGACCCUGCCUCAUGAAGGUGCAACAUCAGCCCAAGUCCAGGCCUCUUCAGGAGCUCCUCUUCGCAGGAUGAGUUCCUCUAUAGUGAUCACUUCCAGACUAUGCAAACAGACUGUGUAUUUAUUAUUUCUGACUUUAAAGUAGGUAUUACUGUAGAGAAUGACUGUCUACCUUGGCCUCACUGACACUGAAAUGUAGAGUCCUUUAACUCUAGUAUAGUGAGCGGGUCGUGAUUGUUGUUUGAGGCGCUGCUGGGAAGUUUCCAAAGAGAGUAAUUCAUAAUUUUAUAGCUUGAAAACCCUGAUUGUAAAACAUGUUUCAGGUGAGUUUUUAUGACUUAUUCAGCAAUAUCUUACAUAAUCAGCUCUACACGUACCAAAUGUUUUGUUUUUCUGUUAAGAUCUUGCCAUAGCCCUCUGUAGGAAGGCUGGAACUAUCUGAGACAAUGCACUUUCUAAAUGCGUCAACAUUAUUUCAAAUAUAUGCAAAUGUUUUAAAAGUUUAAAUCUAUUUUUUGCUUGAUGAGCGGUACUCAGAUUUCAUUUCUGAAGGUAUUUAUGAAGGAUGUAAUGAUAAACUUGACUGAAUGAAGAUUGAACUGUAGCCAUAACACCACUUUAUGGGUGUUAAAUCCAAUGUGAAUGAGAUUAAGUAGGUGAAAUAUAUAAUUUAUAGUUUUUAGUUGUUCUAAUCUGCUGUGUAAAAGGAUUAACCAGAGUUUUAUUCUUUUGUACCUUUAAGAUUAAGUCACCAAAGACUAAAAAAUGUCACACUGAGGUUUUGAGUGUUUAUGUUCAUGUAUCUUUGUCGAAAGCUAUAUUUUUGAUUUUGCAUACAUGAGGAAAAUGUAGUCCUAGACUUGUUUGUGAAACCCAGUUGAAUUAAAUUGGCAAAAACAAUGUAGAUAAAAAAAAUGUUUUGGCUUUUAUUUAAUUUGUCGCUCAUUUCAGGUACUUUCCAGUGCUCCCUCUUAACCUUGUCUUGUUGGCUCUGCAUACUCGACCACCAUGAAAAAUCUCGACUCCAACAGUACUGCAAAUUUUCGUAACCUUCCACA